AUGCAGGAACCGACGAUAUACCGUGCCCCGGUCACUUCUGCGGACCCGGGUGAUCAGCCCACUAGUGAUGAGAUUACGGGUUACCAGAACAUGACGGUGAUUGACUCGGCGCCCGAAAAGAGCGACGACGGCUACCGGGACUUUGUCAUCCCAGAAGACAGGAAACUGGGCGUCUUCUCCACCACCCUGCUCAUUAUCAACAGAGUGGUCGGUACCGGCAUCUAUUCGACACCGUCCGCCAUCAUAACCAACACGGAUAACGUUGGUGCGACCCUUCUCUUCUGGGUGCUGGGUGGGAUGAUGACCUUUGCUCUGUUUGUGUACUUGGAGUUCGGGACUGCACUUCCCCGUUCAGGAGGAGAAAAGGUUUACUUGGAGAGGGUCUAUCAGAAGCCAAGGUAUCUGGCUACAUGCAUAUUUGCGGUUCAGUUCGUGCUGUUUGCCGUCUCGACGGGCAACACAAUCAGCUUCGCUAGCUAUAUCUUCAAGGCCGCCCUUGGGGAUACAGCCAGCAUCGAGAACGGCGCGACGUCAGAUGUGCGGACUAGGUCAAUCGCCGUUGGUGCCAUCACUCUCGUUUGCCUCAUCCACGCGUUCCUACCUAAAACGGGCAUCUGGCUUAGCAACAUUCUUGGCUGCUUCAAGCUGGUUUUGUUGCUCUUGGUCGUCUGCGCAGGCUUUGCCGCCCUGAAUGGUCAUAUUGCAAACCCAGCCUUGAGGCCAGACAAUUUUUCUACCUUCCAAGGCCAAGGGACCAUUAUGAAGGCCCCUGAUACGAAGGCCGCCGGAAGUUAUGCUAUCGCUCUUUUACAAGUGCUCUAUGCAUACAGCGGAUGGGAAAACGCCAACUAUGUUCUCACGGAAGUUCGCGAUGCUCCUAGGACGCUCAAGAUUGCGGCACCCAUGGCGAUUGCGUCCGUUACUCUGCUGUAUGUCCUGGCCAACAUUGCAUUUUUCGCCGCCAUGUCAAAGCAACAAAUUGCGGACUCGAAGGUUAUUGUCGCAGCCGCUUUUUUUGAAAACGUUUGGGGUGAAGGCACCUUUACCAAGCGAGUCGUGCCAAUUUUCAUUGCCCUGUCGGCGCUAGGCAACGUAUUUGCUCAGUCGUUCGCGAUGCCUCGAGUCAAGCAGGAACUCGCAAAGGAGGGUAUCCUGCCGUUCUCUAGGGUUUUCGCUAGCGACUGGCCCUUCAAAGCCCCUUCCGGUGCCAUUUUGCUGCACUGGAUCUUUACCGUCGUUUUUAUCUUGGGCUCCGUCACGUCGGAUUCAUACACCUUUGUCACCAACGUGUUCAUCUACACAGGCAACUGGAUUAAACUGCUCAUUGGAGUAGGCCUUCUCUACCUCACCUUCAAGGUCUCGGAGGGCUGGCGGGAGCAGCGGACGACAUUUCGCAGCUAUCCAUUGCUUACCAUUUUCUGGAUUAUCUCGCUGCUCUACAGCGUCGGUGCUCCAUUUGCUCCCAAUAGGAUGAUUGACGCCGUACCUUUCUGGGUCGUCCCAACGCUGGGGACGAGCAUGCUCGCAAUAGGGGUUGCAUAUUGGAUGGUUUGGGCGAACUUAAUGCCGUUGAUUGGGUUCCAAAUCCAGCACGAGGUUAUACAGCUGCCCGAUGGCAGUGAGAGGGUCAAAUAUGUGCACGUUCCUCGACAGCGCGUUCCUCGACUACGGAGGUCUAGGGUUACAUAG